AUGAACAAUGUUCGCCCUACUUUAUGCGCUAUUACUCACGUUCAAGUCGACACUGAAAACAGUAUGAAGACUUCUAAAAACCCCAUAGGGUGUAGGGAAUUACGAGAAGUAGACGAGUCACUACGCAACUCCAAUGAGUACAAGUCCAGCUUGCUCUCAACGAAACUGCUCUUCAAGAUGUUGCACCAGAUUGUGUCUGGAUUCGAGUUCCUUUCUCAACAACAUAUCCCCGACUUGGUGCUGGAUUCCUCCUCUGUCCUAGUUGGAGCUGAUUAUACCUGUAAAUUGGAAAUUGCGUUCUGGAGAAACUGCCUGCGGCAAAAGACGCGCAAUCCCGAUGCCCGGGCUUCCUUCUAUGUUAAUAACCUCGGUAGUCUAAACAGCGAUUUGGUCGGCUGUUUAGAGGUUGAUGACCACCAUGAGUUUAAGCCCCUGCAGAAUUCCCAACGAACAGCAACCAUCUCCCUAACCCCCUAUCUUACUGGAACUUUGGUGAGUUAA